AGUGACGUAAUCGCACUUCAAUUGCGCACUCUAAGUGUGCAGACCCUGGGACACAGCCUGGCGUUUCACAGCAUCACUACUGCCAGCCGACGACACCUUCACUUCUCCAUGUGAUGCUAGCAGAGUGUUGACGCUGUGUCGUCGUUUUAAUACACAGCGAGCUGUCCGUCUGCGUAGUGUGGAGAAAUGAAUAUGCCGCUCGGAAGGAACGGGUUGAUCGGUCUCGCUGUAGGAGCCACAGCAGGUUUGAGCUUGAUCGCCUUCAUUUUCUACCGUGAGAUUAGAAAGAGAAAGUCCCAGAGCGUGGUGCUGGAGGCACAGACAGUUCCCCGACUGUUCGACGGGGUGGACGGAGCAGCGCUGCUGCAGGAGACGCUGGAUGCUCAGGAGUUGGAGGCCCAGCAGCAGGCACUGGCAGCAGUGGAGGCGGUGGUGCAGGGCCUGUCCCCAGAACAGCAGCUGGAGCUCAGGAACCAGCUGGACCAGGUGCUGAACUGUGUGGCCUCCCUGCGCUCCGAGGUGGCGGAGCUGAGGGGCGGACUGCAGGACAUCGCUGUGCAGAUCAUCCAGGAUGUGAAGAAGGGAGUGGAGGACAGUCAGCGGGUUCGUCGACGCCGCCAUGUCGUCCACAGGGAGCGCACCAACUCCACCAGCUCCAGCUCCAUAUACUUCACAGCCAGUCAGGGCAUGGCCAGCACAUAUGAAGAGACCAGUGAAGGAGGGUACUCGACGGCCUACGCUGAGUCGGACUACACAGAUCGUGACACAGACAGAGAGGAGGGUGAGCGGGAGCCUGAACAGGAGUCCGAGGAAGACGAGGACAGAAGCUGCGCCACUGUCCUUACCCUGCGCCAGGAGGACUCCCAGGAAGAGGAGAUGGAGGAGAGGGGGCUAGAAGAGGAAGAUGCGGAGGAGGAAGAUGAGGGGAGGCUGCAGCUGGUGACUGAAGCUCCCAGUGGGGAACUGGCUCUCCUCCUGGCUCAGAGUGACAUCCUCCACACAGGAGAUGCCAGUUUAAAAGCUGAGGGCUUCCGUCUGCUGCUGGACAACAAAGCAGAGUAUGGAGACAGCAGGGAGUUUCUAUGGCGACUGGCACGGGCUUACAGUGACAUGUACGAGUCCGCUGAGGACAAGCAGGAGAAGAUGACCUACGCACAGCAAGGUCGGGAGGAGGCAGAAUCGGCCCUGAAGAAGAAGGGCCUGAAUGCCGAGUGUCACAAAUGGUUUGCUGUGCUGACAGGACUGCCCUACCAGAAUGACAGCAUGCACAGCAAGCUGAAGAGCAGCCACAUAUUAAAGGAGCAUCUGGACCGGGCCAUCGCCCUCAGAGACGAUGACCCCCUAUGUUUCUACCUGCUGGGCAGGUGGUGCUAUGAGGUAGCCACUCUUGACUGGCUGGAGAAGAAGGCAGCUGCUGCUAUUUUCCACAGUGCCCCCACCACCACCCUGCAUGACGCCCUUGAGAACUUCCUAAAGGCAGAGGAACUGAGUCCAGGUUUCUCCAAGACCGUGAGGCUUUACAUUGCAAAGUGUCACAUGGAGCUGGGAAACAUCUCUGAGGCCUCAAACUGGACUGAACUGGCUCUGAUGAUGCCCACAAAUACUAAAGAUGAUGAAGAGAUGUCUCAGCUGGAGGCUCAGCUUCACAGAUGUACUGACAGAAAAAUCUGAAUUGGUUUUCUACAGAGAGCUAAUGACAGAGAUUGGCUAGUCAGGCUGCCAGUCAGUGGUCAUUCAAUCAGAUGUGCUCUACAAACAGCAUACCCAUCACCUUUCCCUUCAUUGGUGAAUCUUUGUCAUACUGUCACUGUGAAAUGAUAUGGAGUUUAGUGAUGUGUAUUUAUUUUAACACAACUUAUACCUUUAAUUGUUUUAUCUGUUUCGUUGCCUUUUUAACUGAUUAAACACAAUAAGGGGUUUUUUUCAUCUCAGAGACUAAAAUGCGAUCUGCACGGCUCGAUAAACUAAAGCAGAGUAGCCCAGACUGAAACUUUCAGUUGUAUUGUGAUGUUAAGAUACAAGACCUGCAUGGAUCUAAAGUUCCCUUAACUGACUAACUUCCUACCGUGUCUCUGCCCAUUGUACUGUGGAAAGUAUUUAAUAAAAAGGGAUCACACAUAUUUAAAGAGCAUUUUAAUUCACACCAAAAUUAAACUGCAUUAAGGGUUAUUUAUUACAUAAUCUGCACUUUCAUUUUGUUUAUUGGCCGGUUUAAGUCAGAUUUUAGUUAAACAAAGCAGUGGGUUCAUCCAUGGGGACUAAAAGACCAAAGCCAUUCCCACAAGGUCAGGAUGCCAUGUUGGAAAAGGAUUCCAGUUGUGUUCUCUCAUUUCAUCAGUGGAACAUGUGGGGAAAUGUACCACAAUGCAAAUAUUCUGACACUGACUGACAGUGACAGGACAGUAAAUAUGUGGACACAGAGCUGGUGAUCCAGUUUGAUCAGGGAGGUUUAAAGAGCUUUAAGGUAAAGAGGGAAGGUCAGUAUGACAGAUAGAUCCUGUUGAGAUUUCUCUUCAUGGAUAAGAAGUUGUUCUGCAGGGUUCUGUUGUUCUCUGCCAGAUGUGUUUGCUUUGUGGCGAUAAAUGAUAUUUCAUGUACUCUGUAGUGAUCACACUACAGUGUCACCUCACUGAAUAGCCCCUCAUUAGAAAAGUAUGAAGUGACUGCACUUGCACUGUGAUUGAAUCGUUGCAGCGUAUCAGUUAAAUGAUGGUGUGGAGUCUGUGACUGAAAAUAUUGUUUUUGUACCUUGAAUUUUUUGAUGGGUUUCUGCUGCUUACUGUCUAAAUCCUGUUAUUUUCUGAAGCUGCUAUACGUGAGCAGGUAAUACUCUGAUUUACAUAUUAUAUUUAAUGACACUUUGCUCUUCAUUCAUUGUUCAUGUUGCUUGAUUUUGCAGUCACUGCUGUUACCAACUGACACACUGAAUAAACUUUUUGUAUUCGCGUAA